AUCAUUAAAAAAAAAAAAUCCGCCGUUAAAAAAUAGCAGAGAAUUAGGUCAGCAAAGUAACACAGCGCCGACGGCCACCUUAUGAAUGUAACCACCGUGUGUUUCAUUAUAUAACUUCCACAAAGGAGCGACAGGGGCUGGAGAUAACCUGCUCCGACGGGGGGAGAGAUGUCCGGUGUUUCCAGCAUCUGCAGACGGGGGCCGUAGUUAGACCGGUCCGUCUGUCUGUCUGUCUGCCUCCCUCCGCUGGGUUUGGAAGACCCGCAAGCCCAAAUACCGUGAACGCUGCCGUAGUCCCGUCCUGGCUGGGGCUCAAUGGUUAGCCGGGGGAACGGAGAGACACCGACAGACACCACCUGAGGGCUGCUCUACAGAGACCCAGGAAAUUACUGCUCGCCUCGUCUCGACAGCCUGGUAGCAACACAGUGCACAUUUCAGUAGUUCAAAACACGUAAUUCAAGGACUCUAGCAUGUGAGCCGCCACAAAAGACAUGUGAGCCUCUACACUUCUGUCCCAGAUCUUCUUUACCCUGCACAGACGUGAACAGAGUUUGGUUUGACAAUGUCGAGCCGUCGGAAAUCCACCACACCUUGCAUGGUGCUGCCCUCUGAUGUGGUAGAGCAGGAAGAGCUGGAGGAGAAAACAGAAAGAGCAAAGGAGGACGAGCCCGAGGAGGAGCAGGGCAAGGUGAGGGAAGGAGCAGAGGAGGGGCCGACUGCAGAGGAGCUGGAUCAGGCAGUAGUGGUUGUCCCCACCCCUCCAGAUACAGAUGAGCCCAGUGUCUCUACUAUAGAAGACAGCGAAGUGGUUGGUCCCUCGCUGAAGCGCAGCGCUACAAACCCUCCUGAGGAUGUGGGCAGCGACCAGGUGACACAGGAACAGCAGUGUGAUGCACCUGCAGAGGGGGGAGCAGACCCUGCUGCGGUUGCUGCCAUCUCUCUCAGCAAGACCCCCAUCAUGAGGAUGAAGACCAAAUCUGAGCCCAAGAGGAUCGCCGUGUCCCUGAAAUCAGCAGACGAGGCGGCGGAGGGUUUUGGAGGGGGUGGUGAAGGAGAGGUGGGAGGAGAGCAAGAGCCCAUCGAAGCUCCUCUGGGGCCGAUGACGCCUGUGGAGAUGCUGCUGCAUGACUCCAUGAAGCUCGGGGGAGGUGGCUUGCUGGUCGGCCCGCCCUCAGAGCCGCAGAGGAAAUCAUCCACUUUAAACCCCACAGUUCUGCCCGCUGGCCUGGCACAGGUGCUUUCUGCUUUCCAAGCCCAGCACAGUGCAGCAGCAGCAGCAGCUCAGCCUCAGCUACUGAUUCCCCUCAGCAGCAUCCCCUCCUACAGUGCGGCUAUGGACACCAACCCUCUGCUGGGAAGCACAUACAAGAAGUUUCCUUACCCCUCCAUGGCUGAGAUCAGCAGCCUGGCAGCACAGACACAGUUCACAGAGGAGCAGAUCAAGGUGUGGUUCUCAGCCCAGCGGCUGAAGCACGGCGUGAGCUGGACUCCAGAGGAAGUGGAGGAGGCCAGGAGGAAACAGUUUAACGGAACGGUGCACACGGUGCCUCAGACCAUCACUGUCAUUCCUGCUCACCAACUCUCAGCAGCUGCCAAUGGCCUACAGUCCAUUCUUCAGACCUGCCAGAUAGUGGGCCAGCCCGGCCUGGUGUUCACACAGGUCGGCCCAGGAGGGAACCUUCCGGUGACCAGUCCCAUCACCCUGACGGUGGCAGGGCUGCCCAGCCAGUCCCAAAGCUCCAGCAGAGUUUCCUGCCAGCCCACCCCAACAAACAGUGAGCUGAAACGGGCUACCACUGUCCAGCCUCCCUCUCUUUCCCCACAGGAGAACUCGGCCCUCAGUGCUGACACAUUCAGUUUGCGGCCUAAGAAGUCCAAAGAGCAGCUGGCAGAGCUGAAAGCCAGCUACCUGAAGAACCACUUUGUCACUGAUGCAGAAAUUGCCCGGCUGAUGAAGCUCACCAACCUGACAAAGGGAGAGAUCAAGAAGUGGUUCAGUGACACCAGGUACAACCAGCGCAACUCUAAGAACAGCCAUGUCAUUGUUUUCCAUGACGGUGGGGGCAGGGGAAGUGGCAGCUGUAGUAGCAGUGCUAGCACCACCAUUGUUAUUGACUCGAGCGACGAGACCCCCACAUCUCCCCUUCCUCCACGUACUCCUCCUGUGAAGGACAAGGAGACGCGGCCCAAAACAUGGAAUCCGUUCCCCGAUUUUACCCUGCAGAAGUUUAAGGAGAAGACUCCGGAGCAGCUGGUGGUGCUGGAGGAAAGUUUUGAGAAGAGCAACAGCCCUUCAGAUGAAGAACUGAGCCGCCUGAGGACAGAGACUAAACUGACACGGAGGGAGAUUGAUGCCUGGUUCACCGAGAGACGAAAAAUGCCUUCUGUAAGCACUUCCUCCCCAGAUUCUUCAGAAGGCAGUAAGUUGGAGACAGACGGAGCAAAAGCAGCAGAAGGAGGAACGGGAGUGAGCUCUUCUUCUCCUUCUGCUUCCUCGUCUCGUAAAGGUAGUCAAACUCCUCCUGGCGGUCGCAGUAAGCAGCUGCCCAGCAGCAGCAGCAGCAUCAAAGACAUGAAAGAUAAGAGUAAAAAGACCCCAGAGCAGCUCCAUAUUCUGAAAAGUGCCUUUGUGCGGACCCAGUGGCCCACACCAGAGGAGUACGACCAGCUGGCGGAAGAGAGCGGCCUUCCCCGGUCCUACAUCGUCAGCUGGUUCGGGGACUCUCGGUACUCGUGGAAGAACAGUAACCUGAAGUGGUUCUUCCAGUACCAAAGUGGCAACAUCGAAGGGCCAAAUGGUGGAGGAGGCAAUAAAAUGGGAAGCAGCAGCAGCACGGGCCGGAAAAGACGCGCCCGAAAUCGUGGUUGGGGGCGGUCCCGAACCAGAAAGCAGCCAAGAAGGUCCGCCUCCUUCAGCUCAGAUGUCGAUAGAGCGCCCCCUUCAAAGAAAUUCAAGAGUGGGAGGGAGAUUCUAAAGGAAUACUACCUAAAGCACCGUUUUCUCAAUGAGCAAGACCUGGAUGAGCUUGUCACCAAGACCAACAUGAGCUAUGAACAGGUGAGGGAGUGGUUCGCCGAGGUCCAGCGACGCUUGGAGACCGGGUCAGAUCCCUUCGAGGAGCCGGCGGUAGGAAGGACAGAUGGAGAAGAGGGAGGAGAGGAAGAGGGAGCGGACACACGGGGAGAGGCGUCGACGGCCACCGAGGAGCAGACCGGCCCAGCGGUGGGAGACGAAGACGAUGACGAUGAAGGAGACGAGGAUGAUGACGGCGACGAUACGGACGACAGUGAGGUUUGGGAGCCGUCACGUAGCGUCAGGAAGUCCUUGUCAGUUUCUGAAGACUAACGAUUGUGGGAGGCACAGUGAAACAUUACAGAAUGUCACAAGAGAAAUACUGUUGUGAUCAAAGCUGGAAGGUGGCUAAACCAAGUCUUUUUUUACCACUGAUGUGCAUGUGUACUCAUUUGCAGCAUUAAUUCACUGUAUUUUCAAACAAUUUCUGAAACACAACUAACAGAUGGACUAUUAGCUUUAGCUCACUCUCUCAAUCUUAUUUACUGUAAGUAAUGUGUAACAGUUUAGACAUGAGUCAUGGUAAACAAGGAAGUGGCAUACCAAACUUUGUUUUGGUAAAGCUUAAAAUUCAAUACACAACAUUUAGUGAAAAGGAAAUACCAUGAAGUGCUUCAAGCUGAGCUGAAGAUGGUAACUGUGGAAAUAGUUACCCAAAAAGGUGAUGUAUCCAGACACAUCCAUACAUCAUUUCUUUUAGGAACAACUGACGAAUGCUGACUGUUGUAGAUGAGAGAUUUUAAGAGGAAUUAACAGUUUUAAUGUCCGUCAUGCCCCUCGUUAAAUUUGCACUCUUUGCUUGCUUGAAUGAAGUCAGCAAAGGUAGACUUAUUUACACAUAAUGCUGCAUUUCUUUGAGAAAGAGUGUUUGUUAUAAGCACAGGCCUAAUUUCAAACUUCUAUCUCCAAUGUUAUGAAUGUUUCACCCCUGGUCCCAAACUAUGAGCGCACACAGACAAAAAAAAAAAAGACUUAUCUGACGUGUUUACAAAGGUGCUUAAAAAUGUA